AAUAAAGAAAAAGCUCCCACCAAAGAAGAGGAAGGAGUCCGGUAAUCUGGGUUGUGUUUCUACAAGGAAUUGAAAUUGGAAUACCCAAAAACAAAGGCAGCCAGCAAACCCCACCUCCUUCUGUUAACCCUUCCCUCACUUUAAAUUAUUCUUCUUCUUCUCUCUCUCUCUUUUGCCUACAAAUAUGCCAAUUCUUCUCUUCUUUUCUCUUUACUUCUUCUUCCUACACUUUUCUGAUUCUUUCAAUCCUAAGUUUGUCUUACUUUAAUUCCAUUCAUAUUAUUUGAUUUGAUUUUCACUUAAAGUUGUCAUCUUUCACCCCUUUUCAAUCAAUCUUUGUUUAGGGUUUUUAUUUCCUUUUUUUUAAUUAGGUUUUCUUCAUUCUUCCAUUUGCUUUAAAACCCCUCUUAAAAAACUAUCUUUUGGUUCUAUAAAACAAAGAAAAAUUCAAGUUUUUAGGUACUGGGUUCAUUACACAUUGCUUCUUUGAUCCUCUGGUUAUAGUUAGGAUUUGGUUUAGGGGUGUUUUGAGUCUCUUGUUGGAGUAAGAAGAUUUACUCCAUGGGUGAAGCGCCAGCUUUUCUGUUUGAUGAUCUGCAGAAAAGUAAUGGAAAUGGGGUUGAUUUGUUUGGUAGGGGUAGAGAAACAACAACUAUUGUAGGUAAAACAAAGUACUUAAUUGGGGAUUAUGAUGAUUCAACAUUGUCCAUUGGAGUUAAGGUUUUUGACAACUCCUUGGAAAACUGGGUAUAUCCUACAGUUUUGGGCACAAAGCCAUCUCUGAGCUCUGAUCUUUGGGCUCUGCCGCUAGGCGAGGAUCGGGUUUUGGUGAUCAAGAAUGGUGCAUCCACAGAUGAUAAUCUUUGGUUUCUUGAGGUGGACACACCAUAUGUUAGACAACAGAAAAAGGUUUUAGGGUGUGAUAAUGUUGUGGCUUGGAGUAAGGGAGUGAUGGGGUAUGCUGGGAAACCUAUUGUGAUCAGUGGUCCUUCUGGUGUGGGCAAGGGCACUUUGAUUGCCAUGCUCAUGAAGGAGUUUCCGUCUAUGUUCGGAUUCUCUGUGAGCCACACAACCCGCGCUCCCAGAGAGAAGGAAGUUAAUGGGGUUCAUUACCAUUUUACUGAGCGAAGUGUAAUGGAGAAGGACAUAAAAGACGGAAAGUUCCUCGAGUUUGCUCAAGUUCAUGGAAACUUGUAUGGAACUAGUGUCGAAUCUGUUGAGGUUGUUGCUGAUGCAGGAAAGAGAUGCAUUCUUGACAUUGAUGUUCAAGGUGCAAAGUCAGUGAGGGCUAGUUCUCUUGAUGCGAUCUUUAUCUUUAUAUGCCCCCCAUCAUAUGAAGAUCUCGAGAAGAGGCUCCGUUCUAGAGGGACUGAGACUGAGGAGCAGCUUCAGAAACGUCUUCGCAAUGCCAAGGGAGAACUCGAACAGGGAAAAUCUCCUGGCCUCUUUGAUCAUGUACUGGUCAAUGAUGAUCUUGAGGCCUGUUACCAGACUCUAAAGAAUCUCCUGGGCUUAGAUAAAUCUGCUGACAAAAAAAACCAAUCUGUCCCAAAGAUUGGUUUUCCUAUGGUGAAUUCGGUAUCAAAAGUGGGUAACAAAAUAUACUUAAAUUCUACAAUGUUAGAUCUCGGAAAUGCAUCAAAGAACUCGUUUGUGCUGGAUGUCUCUUCACUCAAAGGAGGGGCACCCGGACGGACUCGAGGUUUAGAUCUAUAUUCCGUUUUCUCAUUGGCUAAUGGGUUCGGAAAGCUGAGUUGACAUCCUUCUAAACAAGUUAACAGCCAACUUAUUUUUUUUUUCAAUUUUGGCCAUUUUUUCCAUACCAUUAUUUUCUUUUCCAUCAAAAUUGGAGUGGCAAUUGUUGCCAGUCUUGCCACAAAAUUUCGAGAAUUCGAAUGGUCGAUUUUAGGAAAGUUCGAUUGAGAUACAUUCAUUCAUCUAUUGUUUGACGAUUUUAGUAAUGAUGCAUUAAGAAGCUAUUGUUUGGGUGGAAUCUUUAGUUUGGAUUAUACAUACAUGUCCUUUAAUUACUUGAAAGUUCAUGAAUGUAAUACGAGUAGUUGGUAAUUUGGUGUUA